AUGACGGAAUUCUGGAAAUCAGGUGAAAGACAUUUUUGUACAUUUUGUAAAUGUUGGUUAGCUGGAAAUAAAAUUAGUAUUGAUUUACAUGAAAGUGGCAAUCAUCAUAAGAGUAUGGUUAAAGCUAAACUUGAAACACUACGUAAAGCAAAUAUAGAAAAAGAACGUCAAGAAAAACAACUUAGUAAUACACUUGGUAAAAUGGAACGUGCUGCUAAUGAAUCAUUUCGUCGUGAUAUGGCAUCGAAUUCAAUGAUUCAAUCAAAUAAUAGUCCAACAUCAUCCGAUUCAAAUCUUCCGUCGAAACUUAAACGACCUGCAAAUCAAGCUGUUCAAGUACAAUGUAAAAAAGCAAAAUUUGUUAUUAAAACUCCAACACCUAAAAUUGUUUAUGAACCUCUUACUACACCUUUAGAACCUGAAACAAAACAUGAAGAAGAAGAAGAACAACAACAACAACCUAGAACUCAAGAAGACAAUGAUAAUGAAACGAAGUUUCAUGAAGAACAAAUUAAAGACUUAGCAGAACAGAUUAAGAAUUUAGAAGACAAUAAUAAUCAUGAAGAACAAAUUAGAGAUCUAGCAGAACAGAUUAAAAAUCUAGAAGAGGAAGAAGAAGAAGUGAUAACAACAAAUCAUACAGAUCAAGAAGGUAUUUGGUAUGAAUCGAAAACGGAUAAUCAAGAAUCUUUCUAUUGGAAUGAUACAACAGGAGAAUCAAUAUGGACACCACCUCCAAAAUAUCUUUCGAUUAAACAACAGAAAGAAAAAGGAUUAAAAGUUUGA